AUGACUGGAAUCGAUCCAAGUAUUACUAGCCAUGAGCUCAACGUUGACCCGACCUAUAAGCCCGUCAAACAUAAGCGACGAAAGCUCGGAGCGGAGCGCACUGCCGCGGUCAAUGAUGAGGUAAAGAAACUACUUGAUGCUGGAUCAAUCACUGAGGUUCGCUACCCAGAUUGGCUGAGUAAUCCCAUGGUCGUCAAGAAGAAGAAUGGUACGUGGAGAGUCUGCAUCGACUUCACAGAUCUCAACAAGGCUUGUCCGAAAGACAGUUUUCCACUUCCGCGCAUUGAUCAGCUCGUCGAAGCCACAGCAGGAAACGAAUUGUUAUCUUUUAUGGAUGCGUUCUCGGGUUACAAUCAGAUAAUGAUGCACAAAGACGACCGUGAGAAGACUGCUUUCAUCACCGAGCAAGGCACUUUCUGUUACAGAGUCAUGCCGUUUGGAUUGAAGAAUGCAGGAGCCACAUAUCAGCGACUGGUGAACCGCAUGUUUGCAACCCCCACCUCCGAGGUAAAAGCUUCGUACUGGUUCCCAGAUGGAGAGAACCCGGAACAAGAUCCCAAAACCUCGGCCGAAAAAAUUGACUCAGCUCUCUUCACUCACCUUUUCUGCGCCUUCGCCGAUCUCGACGCUGCCACCCACAAAGUUAUUAUCUCCCAAGCGCACCAACUCAUAUUUUCAACCUUUACUGAAAUCGUCAAGAUUAAAAACGGACAGGUGAAGACCGUCUUGUCGGUCGGCGGAAGAAGUGCAGACAAUACUGCGUUUGCGUCCAUGGCAAGUAAACAAGAGUCUAGGAAAUUGUUCAUUGAUUCUUUGAUUUCGAUCGCUUUAUCAAACGGAUUCAAUGGUAUCGAUUUAGCCUGGGAGUACCCUAACAGUGACGCUGAGAUGAAAGACUUUGGGGCCCUAGUUGGGGAAUUGCGAACAGCGGUUGACGCGGAGCACACACGCACAACCAAACCGACUUUGCUGUUGACAGCUGCGGUAUACUACUCCUCGGUUUACGAGACGUUUAACUACCCGGUUGAAGUGAUGAAAAAAAACUUGGAUUGGGUUAAUAUCUUUGCCUUUGAUUUUUUCGGUUCGUCCAUUACCAUUGGUCCACCCGCCGGUCUGUAUAAUUUUUCAAACCCAAAAGGUCCAUGCGGCGACUCCGGUUUGAAACAGUGGACUAAGGCCGGAUUACCAGAGAACAAAGUAGUAUUUGGAUUCCCAUAUGUUGGCUGGACCUGGACUCUUAAAGACGACAAGCAUCAAGGUGAAGAUGCUGCAGCCACCACCCCAGACGCGGUGUCAGCUGACGGUUCCAUCAACUAUAAUCAGAUAAGUAAUUUCAUAAAGCAUAAGGGUGAGCAAACUAAAAUGUUUUAUGACUCGGAAGUCGUGAGUGAUAACUCUAUCUCCCGGACGGCUUUCAUUGGGUUCGACGACAUUCAGAGCAUCGUGACGAAAGUGAGAUACACCAAGGACAACGGUCUGCUUGGUUACUUUGCUUGGAACGUUGGAGCUGACGAUGAUUCCUAUCUAUCUCGUACAGCAUCGAUAACAUGGGAUGUUUAAUAGACAACCAUGGGAGUGAAAACGAAGAAAUAAAUAAAUACUGACGCGUGAAGAAUAAAACAUGUUUGAUUAUGUUAUUGUAAGAUGAAAAUAAAACAGUCGUAUGUUUGCUUAUCUUGUUUUUUGUAAUAAAAAUGAAAACGUUUGCUUACAUUAUGGUAAACAAAGUUAACUAAAUAAAGUUUA